AUGGGUCGAGGAGUAGGUGGUUCAGGAUCAAUAGGGACCCCGAAUCAAGGAAAUUUUGAGAAAGGUCAGGCAGGAAGGGAAACCCAAAGGGGUACCUCACGUGGAGGUCCGACAUCAGGACCUAGAAUGACAUGUGGAUUUUGUGGGGCUGCUAACCACAUGGAAGAUAAUUGUUGGAAGAAAUGGCAAGUUCGGAAAUGCUACCGAUGUGAUAGUGCUGAGCACCUGAUUGCUCGCCCUCACCUGCCAAAAGAAGGAAAUUUGUCAAGGACAGAAGGGAACACUUCUAAGCCGACCAAUGCAAUGAGUAAUCGACCGAAAGUGCCGGCAAGGACCUAUGCUAUGGGACAUCAAGAAGUGACAGACCCAUUAGCAAUCAUCGAAG